AUGGUCCAAUCUUCCCGCAUGACCGCUUGCGACAACUACUUAUAUGGAGGUGUAAACCAUCGGUGGACCGAACUCCCUCCCAUGCUCGCGUUUGUGAUCCUUUUGCUCUGUGCAUGCCUAGUUUCUGCGGUAAUCGGGCCCAUAGACACCGCUGCCCCUUCCAUACCUGGCGGCACUGUUGUUAGCGCCGCUCCUCCUGGACCCUUCUUCCAAGAUUACAAGCCGCCAUUCCCGACUACAGGCUGGUGGGUUGGCUAUGCUGCUGCACCCUCACAAGAUAGCGUCGUUGCUGGCCCAUUUCCAUACAUGAGUCGAUCGCUUGAUACUGGUCUGCAAUUCGGUAUCUCCAGUGCAAGGAACUUUGAUGGGACAUCAAUAAUCCAAACCACACAAAUGGAUUGGGAGGCUUCCUAUUUAGAGAACCCCAAUACACAUACAAGCCAUAAAGCCUCUGCAUGGGACACACAAAGCGUCACUAUCAAGUACUUCGCGUCGUCGGGAGCAGGAUUUACGACCUAUCUUGUCCCUGGAUCCCCAUAUAUCACCCUCAACUAUAACGCGGCAACCAUUAUUUUAACGAGUAGGAAUGGCAACGUUCUUUCGGUCAACGGCAAAAAUGUGACUGCGACUCCCACUUCUUUCAGCGGCACCAAAUUCACAGUCAUCAAUGGUGCCGGAACCUACGUCAUUUAUUCUCUCAGCGGAUCCAUAACGUUCAGCGCAACAUCUGUAUCGUUGACUGCGACCGCAACUCACAACGGAGUCAUUCGCCUCGCCCGCGUUACGGCAGAAGCAACCAGCCAGUCAAUCCUCGACCAGUACUCGACAACAUACCCAACUGGCGUGGCGCUGGAUUACUCGUUUUCUGCCAACAACGCGACCCUUUCAUUCACUUGGAAUGUUGUUGGAACAGCCUCGCAACUUCUGCAUCUAACUUGGCCCCAUCACAGGAAACGGCUGAUCUCGCCCACAGCAAUUGUGUCUGGUCUAAGCUAUCUGACGACGAAAGGAUACAUGAAGCCUACGUUAGGAAACGUCUGGAAGCUUAACUACGCUCUUCCUACUAUCAAUUGGCUGGCUCCCCGUGCUCCUCAAGCAUCUUGUACAUCUCAAAUUAUCCAGGCGUUGGAAUACGAGGUGCAACAUCUCACUGUUGCCGUUCCUGGUGACUUUUACUUCUGGGGCAAGGCUUUCCAAGGGAUGGCUCGUUUAGCGCUGAUUGCGGAUCAUGUCGGCAGACCUGAUUUGAUCAAUCCGGUUAUCUCGGUGAUGAAACAGAGCUUUGCCUAUUGGCUGAAUGGACGUCAAUCAUCCACUUAUGCCGCCUACGAAACAGCAUGGGGUGGUGUUGUCGAUGGUCCUGGCGCUUCUGAUCCGAGUAUCGAUUAUGGGAAUGGCUAUUACAACGACCACCAUUUCCACUACGGAUACAUGCUUCAUGGCGCUGCGGUGAUUGCCAAAUACGACACAACAUGGUGGAACGCGAAUAAAAACUUUAUCACCGCCUUUGCACGGGACAUCGGGAACCCCUCGACAGCCGAUAAAUAUUUUACGGUUUCAAGAUGUAAAGAUUGGUUUGCUGGUCACUCAUGGGCGUCAGGUAUUGCCAACGGAGCAGGUUCACGAGAUCAAGAGUCUAUAGGGGAAGCUGUGAACGGAUAUUAUGGGUUGAUUCUCUUCGCAAACAUCUUAGGGAACCAGGAUCUAAUGAAUUGGGCACGGUUGCUUUGGGCUACUGAGGUUGAUGGCGCACAAACGUAUUGGCACCUAUAUCCAAGUUCUAACGAUCCAGACACCCCAUAUCCUGAACCGGGACUUCGAGCUCUAACUACGAUUGGAAAUGUGAUGGACUAUCAAGCGGGCGCAUGGUUAUUCUGGGGAGCUCAAUGUUCAGAAAUUGCGGCUAUUCAGAUUUUACCCGUGACCCCAAUAAAUGAAGGGAUGUAUGACACUGCCUGGCUGAACGGAAUGUGGAACUACGUGUCGUCUGAGUUGGCAGACCCAACUAUCGGAGACGAGUGGAAAGCGGUGAUCUAUAUGGCCUAUGGCGAGGUCAACCCUCAAACGUCCUUUUCACGCUCGACGAAUAUCACUGGCUGGGGCGGCACCACAUCGCAAGCCCUUCUGCUCUACCACUUGGCCACGCGAAAGAAUAGUUCUGGGGGAAAUAUCUGUUCCGCAACGGCAUCAAAUCCAAGUGGAACUUUCACAAUCCGUGCGCCUAAUGGUCAUUUUGUCUCUUCGACCGGUGCCGCACCCAAUCUUGUGGCUACCGCAACGGCAGGAACGCCAUUCACGUUUACGUUCAUGCCGGGCGGUGGCUCAAUAUUCAACAAUAUAACGCAGCAAUAUGUAACUGCCGACCCAAAUGGGGCCCUGCCACUUUCGUCUGCGCGGCCAGUCGCGCAAGCUUGGGAGAACUUCAAACUCUUAAUCCAGGCAGAUGGGACAUAUAUCAUCCGGGCGGGGGUCAAUGCGGCUUACGUGGGCUUAGAUGGCGCAGGAGCCUUGGUAAAUAAUGUUGCAAGCACUUCAGCUGCGACAAAAUUUACUCUUGUACAUUGA